AUGGGACCCGUUCUCCAACCUCAGCCAUGCUCCUCGUGGCAUUGGAGUGUAUCCUCAUUGGCACCGAGGACGGUGUUUUCAGGGAGGGGAGGUAAUGUAACAAGUGGCACCUGCGCGGGAGCCAACGUGAAGCGUACGGGAGGCAGCGACAUGCAGCAGCCGCGUGCUGAGGUGAACGUGGCCAGCGCAGGGGAGGACGUGGGCAGGACGUGGGGGACUCACCCGCGGGGCAUUUCGCCGUCGCCGUCUGCUCCUCUCAUCGCGGGGCAUUUCGCCACCACCGCCACUGCUCCUCACGUCGCGGGGCACUUCGCCGCCGCUGUCACUGCUCCCACUCGCCGCGGGCAGGCAUUUCGCCGCCGUCACCACCGCUCUCACUCGUCGCGGGGCCUUUUCUCACGGUCACCACUGCUCCCACUCACCGCGGGGCAUUUCGCUGCCACCGCCACUGCUCUCACUCGCCCAUGGGGCACUUCGCCGCCACUGCCCCUGCUCUCUCUCGUCGCGGGGCUAUUCGCCGCUGCCAGUUUAGUACAUUCUGCCAACUCAACGCCACCCGGUCUCAUGGUGGUGGGCGUGGUGGCGGUCGUGGUGGCGGACGUGGAGGUGGGCGUGGUGGCGGUCGUGGUGGUGGACGUGGUGGCACGUCUUGCGGACGCACUCCUUCCGGCACGGGUGGCCCUGGAGGAGGACGUGGACUUGCUGCGUGCGCAUGCGCAGGAUUGA